AUAGUUUCCAAUUGUCAACGCUUGAACGUCCUCUCAAACAAUGAGGUUCCCCGCCGUAGGUCGCAAGUACAAGUUGCCAUCGACCAAAUUCAGUCAGAAUGCAAGUUUCUGCGUUCCAACCUACAGAAUCUCCAGCGGAAGCGGGCUUCGAAAGAACAGGAACUACUUCAUCGUGCCAGCCUCUUUGCAAUGCCCUCAACCAGCGUCAACGGAGCUGCUGUCAUUAACCUAGGCACUGAAGUGGACGAGUUCUCCCGACUCACUAACGUCGGCCGACGUCUCGAUGAAAUGCUCAUGAGUGGUUCUGACAGUCUUAAUGCCCUGAAGGAACAGCGAAGCACGCUUAAAGGCACCCAGCGCCGUGUUCUCGAUCUCAUGAAUACCCUUGGUCUCUCGAACGCCGUCAUGCGACUGAUUCAACGGCGCUCUCAUCAAGACAAGGUUCUCUUUUAUGUUCUUUGUGGCGCCACGCUGAUUCUCAUGUUGGGUUUGUGGCGCUUUAUACGUGGAUGA